GUUCGCUGUCUUCGACCUAGUUCGGGCGUAUAAAAUUGGCCUUCUUUUCGCUUUAUCGAUUGAGCGAGCUGACUGCGGGUGGCUAGCGGCUUUCGUCACUUUGCGAAGCUUAUCUUGACGUGUGUCUGUCGAAUAGCUAGGUCCCAUGACUUCUUUUAUCGAGUGCUCGUUAUCUUACGUGUACAAAUUAGCUGCCAGCAAAUGAACAUUGUGUUGCACUUUAUGUCUGUCAUCAUCUAUUGACUAAGCUCUGUCAACAGUGUAUGUUACAUCAUCAGUCAAUUCUUGUGGACAUAUGUCCAUACCUCGUUUUAUGACGUUUACUUUGUGUUUCAGCGCUGUCUCAUCAUAUCUAUGGCUAAAAUGACUGACUAACUUCACUCCUAUCAGGCUCCAUUUUUUCAGGAUCUCCUUGACACUUGGAAAACCCGUCCACUUUUACUGGGAGUGCCAGUUGUGCAUGUUCUUGCACCCAACAAACUUCGUACAAUAUUGCGAUUUUAUGAUCGACAACCCUCAGGAAGGGAGGUUGUCAAGGAAAAGAAAGAAACUGAAGACUAGCGAAACGUUAGCGUCGUUGUUUCUCGACGCCUCUGUUUACGAUACCAAUAUCGUAUGCAAUUUGCACAACGGCAGGUCGUCGCUUUGCGUCUGCUCUCAACAUUUUAGUAAUUAUUCCGAACGGAAAUUGAUUCGCAAUGGCUCUCAACGUGAACCGUGCUGUGACCGAUCCAUUCUACCGUUACAAAAUGCCAAAAUUGCUCGCAAAGGUCGAGGGCAAAGGCAACGGAAUCAAAACUGUUGUAGCAAAUAUGUCUGAAAUAGCUAAAUCACUUGAACGCCCACCAAUGUAUCCAACCAAGUACUUCGGCUGCGAACUGGGCGCACAGACCAACUACGAUGCGAAAAACGAGCGUUACAUCGUGAAUGGAGAGCAUGACGCCGCGAAGCUGCAGGACAUCCUUGAUGGCUUCAUCAAAAAAUUUGUUCUAUGCCCAGCGUGCGAAAAUCCGGAAACUGCAUUAUCAGUGCGAAAGAAUCAAAUUCACAGUAAAUGUAAGGCGUGUGGUCACGCAUUCAUCAUCGAUAAUCGCCACAGACUAUCCACUUACAUUUUGAAGAACCCACCCAAGAUCGAGGUCGACUUCUCUAAGGAUAACAAGCAGAAUGGCAACGGACAUGUCAAGGAAGAGGAUUUGGGUGUGGAAACUAAUGGAGAUCGAAACAGCUCAAAUGAUGAUGAAGACGACGACUGGGCACCAGAAGAAGACGAAGCACCAAACAUGAAAUUAGCCGCUGGGAUCGGAAAACUGGUCAUCGAUAAAGACCUUGACAAGAGUAUCGAAGAGCGUUUGGACAUGCUUCAUCGUUUCUUUGUCGAAGCAAAAGAAAAAGGCACCAUAGGUGAUGGAAAGGCACUUGCCGACGAAGCAGAACGUUUGGAGUUGAAACAAAAAGCUCCACUACUUCUUGCUGAUGUUCUUUUUGACGAAGAUAUCGCAAAGGAUGGUGUAGCGCAGAUCAAACACUACAGAAGAGUUCUAUUGAGAUUUACCCUUAAUGAUAAGAAGGCGCAGCGCUACAUGUUGGGUGGCAUAGAACAGCUCAUAACUAAACAUGAGACUAUACUGCUACCGAGGGCCGCCCACAUCAUCAAAGCCCUUUACGAUAAUGAUAUAUGUGAGGAAGAGGCAAUUUUGGCGUGGGGUGACAAGCCGUCCUCUAAGUAUGUGUCUAAAACACAAUCGAAGAAAAUAGUCCAGAAAUGUGAACCGGUGUUGACUUGGUUGAGGGAAGCUGAGGAAGAAGAUGAUGAUGAAGAGGAAAGUGACGAUGAGAUUGACUUCGAUGAUCGUAAAGCCAAGACUAGCGUAUAUGCAGAGAAGGCGAAGGUCGAAGCUAAAGCAGCAGACAUCAAAGUGAAGACUGAUGACGGCGUUGAGAUCGACAUUGAUGACAUUUAAGUCAAGUUUGAUGAAAUGGACAAACUGAUUUUGAUCUUUACCCCCAAUAAUGUGACACAGUUAUUCUGCUUUCGUCUUAAUUUUAGAAUUAAGUAGCUUCGCCGUUUGAUUGUAUGUCCAUCCCUAUCCUGGCGUGUGGUUCUGUGUAGAAUUUAUUUGGUUGCCUAUAUAUCACUAAUGAUGUAUUAAUUUGUACUGAUCUUAGUGAAUUAGUGAUUGAAAAGAUUCCGUUUCUUUUUUUGUAUUGUGGUAUGCGUAUGGGAGCCUAAAUGAAUACUUCUGGUCUAAGAUUAUC